AUGAGGGUUUUAGUGUGUGGGGGCGCUGGGUACAUUGGGACUCACUUUGUUCGUGCGCUGCUGCGCCGAACGUCUCACUCCGUCGUCAUCCUUGACAGUCUGGAGGCGACGCACGGACGCUCCGCUCAUAUUGACACCGAAGAAAAUUUGGCGCGGAAUCAAAAGUGCAGCUCGGAGCAGUUGUGUGCGGGACGCCACGCCGUACUUGAGUUGGGAGACGUGCGUGAUGAGGCCUUUUUGAACGACGUUUUUACUCGGCAUGCCCCCAUCGAUGCCGUCGUGCACAUGUGCGCAUUUAUUGUGGUCCCAGAAAGUGUGCGUGAUCCUUUGAAGUAUUACGACAAUAAUGUUAUUGGAAUUAUCCGCCUGCUGCAGGUUAUGCGUGCACAUCACUGCGACAAGAUUAUAUUUUCCAGCACGGCGGCGUUGUUUGGGAACCCUGCGGCACACGCAAGUGAAGGCGGCGCAACUGUAAGCAUGGAGCCUAUUCAUCCCGAUGCCAAGAAGCAUCCUGAAAGCCCAUAUGGCGAAACAAAACUCGUUACCGAAUGGAUUUUGAAGGACUGCGCUUACGCCUAUGGCAUCAAAAGUAUUUGCCUGCGGUACUUCAAUGCCUGUGGGGCGGACGAGGACGGAGAUAUCGGUGAGGAUCACGAGCCAGAGACACACCUCAUUCCGCUUAUUCUGCGCGUGCCACUGGCAACGGAGAUUAACAAGCGCCGCAAGGCACUGCAGCAGGCCCCUGUUGAGGAAUUUGUUUCCAUUUUUGGUACGGACUAUCCCACCCCUGAUGGGACGUGUGUGCGUGACUACAUUCACGUGUAUGACUUGUCCACAGCUCACAUUCUGGCACUGGAUUACUUGGCGGGGCUAGACCCGAACGAGAAGGCCACGUUUUUCUCGGCAUUUAAUCUCGGGACCUCACGUGGAUACUCCGUACGAGAGGUCAUUGAGGCCGCUCGCCGCGUCACGGGCCAUCCGAUACCCGUGAAGGAAUCUGCACGUCGCGAGGGCGAUCCACCGGUACUAGUGGCAUCUGGUGAGGAGGCAAAGAAGGCGCUUGGAUGGGAGUUGAAGUACGACAACAUUGACAAAAUCAUUGCCUCUGCAUGGAAAUUUCACCAGUCACAUCCAUUGGGCUAUUUCUCUUAG